AUGAACUCCCCGACAGUCGCACUCAUCACUGGCGCCAACGGCGGCAUCGGCCGCGCUGCUGCCGAAGUCCUAGCUUCUGCUCAUGGUUACUACGUCAUCAUCGGCUCUCGCAGCCUCAAAGCAGGCCAAGAUGUGGCCGACUCGCUCACAUCUCGCGGCCUGUCCGCGUCCGCCAUCCAGCUCGACCUGACCGCCGACAAGGACAUCCUCGCAGCGGCGGCUUACAUCUCCGAGACGUUUGGAAAACUCGACGUCCUAGUCAACAACGCCGGCGCUCACUUCGACAUGAACGACCACCUCUCCGUGCGUGAGCAGUGGACGUCCACUUUUUCCACCAACGUCGUCGGCACCGCCGUCUUGACUGACGCGCUCCUCCCGCUCCUCCGCAAGGCGCAGUUCCCGCGGAUCGUCUUCGUCAGCUCUACUAAGGGGUCCAUGGCCGCUGCCCUGGACGGGAGCGCCGGCUUCUACGACGUUGCGGUCAAGGCGUAUGAUGCCAGCAAGGCUGCGGUCAAUAUGUUGGCCAUCAGCUAUGCUAGAGUGUUAAAGGGUGACGGGGGCGUUGCUAAUGCUGUGUGCCCGGGAUUGAUUGAGACGAAGAUGACGGCGUUUAUGGGGAAGGAUCUGCUGGCUAACUAUGGCGCUGCUUCGGUUGAGCUGGGGGCGAAGAGGAUUGUGGAGCUGGCUACGCUGGAGAAGGGGAGUGCUGUGUCGGGGACGUUUUCGAAUAGGGAUGGGACUAUCCCUUGGUGA